AUGGAGGAGGAGGCUGCAAAGAAGGGGAAGACAUCCCAGGACCCCCAGGCAGACAAAGAGCCGAGGAUGGAGAGCAAGGAAGACAAAUACCCCCAUCAGAACCUCGUGGAAGGGGCCAUUCUGAGCGGCUCCACAGCACAGGAAUCCAAUAGAGAGGAAACGCCACAGAGAUUGCACAAAAAGAGGGGCCCCAAACUCAGGCCACGGUGCUCUGAGGGGAAAAGACCCACCCUGUGUCAGGAAGGCACCCAGAGCUUCAGCCGGGGCUUGGAGCUGGGGGUCCAUGAGCAGCUUCACGCUGGGGAGAAACCCUACAAGUGCUUGGAGUGUGGGAAGAGCUUCAGCAGGAGCACCCGCCUGCUCCAUCACCGGCUGAUCCACACCGGGGAAUGGCCCUACGAGUGUGGGGAAUGUGGGAAGGGCUUCAGCUGCAGCUCUGAACUGAUCCACCACCAACGCAUCCACACUGGGGAGAGACCAUAUGAAUGUUCUGAGUGUGGGAAGAAGUUUUCAACGAGCUCCAGUCUUCUCAAACACCAGCGCAUUCACACAGAGGAGAGGCCCUUCCAUUGCCCCGACUGUGGGAAGGGCUUCAAGCAAAACUCCCACCUUGUCAGACACCAGCGCAUCCACACAGGGGAGAGGCCCUACGCUUGUCCUCAGUACUGGAAGAGCUUCAGCCAGAGCUCUAACGUGACCAAACACCAACACCGGCACCCGUAA